AGUGUUAGCCAACGGCGCUCUGAUCGUUUCACUAAAGCCGGUAAAUACUCAACAAACCGCGCGGCACGGGAUUAAUAAUCGCUUCUGCAGCCCUCAGUGUGCUGCAGGCUGGAGGAGAGGAGGCCAUGGAUCUCUGAGAACGUUCCAGUGAGAGCUGAGCUGUAGGCGCUCUUCUCCUCACUGGAUGUUUUUCCGGUAGGGCUUCAUAAACAGAACCGUGUGUGAGGGACAUCAAAGCAAGUGAUGACGACCAAGUCAGUUCAGAGAUUCAGAAUGCAAUGUAGCUCUUCCACAUAGCUGAGUGGCAUUCAGGUGGGAGUAGAGAUGGGAAGUCAAUCGAGAGGAGACAAAGCGACUGGAAUGGACUCACAUGCAGAGCUUUCAUCUGCAUGGAGGAAUCUGAACCAGAGCAAAGCUGCUCUGCGUCACAUUGAAAAUCAGCUGGAGGUGGCGGUGGUGUCAGAAGUUCUCGUCACCUCGCUGAAGCCGGAGAGGAACCACGCCCACGGACGCAGAGGGAGGCGGAGCGUGGACGACGAUGCAGCAGCCAAGAACAGUCCGGACAAGAGCUCACGCAGCCCCCUGCGGGCCAGCACGCAGGGCAACACCCACACCUCACACAGGCCGGCGUCUCCACCCCCCGAUCCGUCCCAGAGUCGGCAGGUGUACGACCGAGACGCUCGCCCUCUCCACUCCGCCUCUCUGGACAGCACGCGCUCCUCGGCGGUGGACGCCACGACCGUCCGCGUCCUCAACGACCCGCCCCCGCCGCCGGGGUCGGAGGUCAGUCCGGGGUCGGCGCGGCUGGAGAAGCUGCGUCGGCGCCAGGCGGACGAGAAGCUGGAGAAGCUGAAGGAGAGGAUCAGGAAACAGAGGGAGCAGCUGGAGGAGGCGGCCGGGGGAGACGGAGGAGGAGCGUCCGGGCGCCUGGAGCGGCCGCCGGGCGUCGGGGCGGCGCAGGCCGACGGCGUCCACCCAGCCGCCGCUAAAGUGCGCAAGGUGGCGCCGGCUCCCCCCGCGCCCAUCUAUAAAGGGUUCAACUCCAGCGAGGUCAGGAUCCGCGCUCCGGGCGGCACGGCGUGGGCCGAGCAGGAGUUCAAGCUCAACCGGCAGAUUUAUAAAGACCUCACACAUCACCUCGCAGAGCGGGUCAAGCACAAAUCAGCGGAGAAACAGAAGCAACAAGAGAAGAAGACCAAACCCGUGAGGAAAAUCCACAGAUCCGCAUCGGUUCCGGAGCCCAAACCAGCGAUCAGCACGUCGUCAUGGCGAGAGGGGCAGAAGCUGGUGAAGAUGAUGCUCGGACCCUUACCACAGGAAACCCGCGCUGGGUCAGGAGACAGACCGGGCCGGACAGCUGCCGCGCCUCGCUCCAGCUCCGCCCCGGGACGGGACUCGACCCGUCACCCAGAGAAACCCUCCAGAGCGACAGGGGGCGCCAGAUCCAAAGAGGCUCCGUCCAGAACGACCAGGGAAGCCGCCUUCGCGAAGCCGGCAGGGGGCGACCGAGGUCACUCGUCCAGCGUGGAUCUCCUCAGCGUGGACAUCCGCGGCAUCUUGGACGACCUGCGGCUGGACGCGGCGCCCGCGGAGGUGCCGGACGGAGUCCGCCGGCGGAGGGCAGAACGGAGCCCCUCCAAACCCCGCGCGGAGAGCGCGCCGCGGCGGAGGCGGCACUACGAUUCGGACGCGGUGCGGCGCUUCAUGGCGAAGCAGCAGGAGGAGAGGAAGCGGAAGCAGGCCGAGGAGAGGCGGAGUCUCGCGGAGGAGCAUGAGAGGCGGAGUCAACGCCUGCAGGAGCUGUACAAGAAGCAAAAGGAGGGCGUGGUCAAGCUACAGGCUCCUCCCCCCGAUCCUAACCCUCAGCGUGUGGAUCCACGGCUGCAGGAGACGUACACAAAGAUGCUGCUCCAGCACACCAUGCAGCGGGCGCGGCCGGUCUAUCAACCCUCCGGAGAAUCAGAUAAAGAGAACAAGAGGUUGGAACCGCUCAGCCCGUCCACAAGUGAGGUCUCGGAACACACACCUUCACCGCUCUGCAGGGCUGAUUUGGUGGCGCCCCCUUCAGGCCAGUUCUUCUCCCACCUUCUCUCCCUGGAGCCGGACUGCCACGGCGCCGACCCCGAGCCCGUCCGGGCGUCCGGCCGGAUGACCCGCGUGGAGGCCCUGAAGGCGUGCGCCGCCUCCCUGUCCAGUCGGAUCGAGAGCGAAGCGCGCAGACUGGUCGGUCACGGCGCCGGCGGGGGGAAACCGCCGAGCCCGCCCGAGAGAGAGCGACCCCAUUCCAGGUCAAGGAUCCCAAACGGUGCGAGCGAACUACCCGGGGUGGGGAGCCUGUACGGCUUCAGCACCGGAGAGGCCUGGGGCCAGACCCUCGAGCCACACCCGGUUCCCGCCGGCGACGUUCCGAUGGAGACGCACGAGUCCAGCGGAGGCUCCAUCAGCGAGGGGCUGUUGAGCGACGGCGGCGCCUCCGACCCCGACGAAGCUCCUGAGUUCUGUCCCAUCCAGAAUGGGAACCACGCCCGGGAUCGGAUCUCGCUGUUCAAGAAGGAGGCGGGGUUUCAGCCCCCGUACAGGCCCCUAGUGGCCCCGCGGGCUCCGUGGGAGGAGCUAAACAAGGGGAGCCCGCACAGCGUGAUCAACAUCUUCACCAAAAAUCUGCACAAAUACACCAACGGGAUGGACCUGGAAGCCGAGCGUUCCCCUGCCCGCCGCUCCUCUCCCUCUGCUCACGGCUCUCUGAACGGCGUGGUCUACGAGGAUGACUUCAUUUCCUCCCGCGGCAGCAGCCAAUCAGCAUCGAGGAGGAACGCAAACAGCCACAGUAACGCUAGAAGCUCUGCGGCGGCUGACGAGAAGAGAGAGAACGGCAGGUUUCCUCAUUCCUCCACCUCCACCCCUCUCUCCUCACCGUCCUCCGCCCGCUCCGUCAGCAAGAGAGCGUCGGAGAGAAGUGACCGGGGUUCAGAGCGCACCCUUGUGGACAGCCAGAGAAGCGCGUCGUCCUUUGCUUCUGAGCACCGGAGGAGCGCCUCCCAAAAGAGUUCCGACCCCAACGGCGCACUCGGCGGCGUUCCGCUUCACUCGCAUCGCAGCCUGGCGUCCGAAGUUCCUCCGUUUCCCAGAAGCCCUGCUGGAUCUCCAAGGGUCCAGUCCUCAUCUUCACCAAGUCCUUCAUCUGCUCGAGACUCCACACCCAGAGCCGGACCUUCUCAUGAGCCUGUAUGUGAUGGUGGUAGCAUCCACAGCAGCACAGUCCCCGCCUCCGGCGCCACAGAGCUCCACUUCGCCCCGGUGGCGCUGCAGCAGCGUCUGAGCGUCGAGCUGAACUUCCUGGACGCGGUGGAGGAAUCGGCGAGACAGCUGAGCGACGUGGAGAGGGCGCGAGCCGUCUCGCUCGCCCAGCAGGAGAGCGUCUCCCUCGCCCAGAUCCUCAAGGCUCAGCAGCAGAGGCAGGAGCGAGAGCUGCAGCUACUGAGGCUGAAAGCAGAACAAGAAGCUCUGGAGACUCAGAAACACCUACAGGAGACCAAAGAGAAAACAGCGCAGGCUCAUGCUGAGCUCUGUAUGAAUCUGCUUCAGUCCCAUCAGAAGGCUCUGGUGGAGCUGCAGGAGUCCAGCAGUAACAUGGUCGACCACCAGACGGAGGCUGUACAUCACCUCCGAGAGGUGACAGAGAUGGCCCGUUCUCAGAUGCCAAGCGCUCCCUCCAGCACACCUGUGAGGCAGCCACGCCCACAAACAGACAGCAGUAGGAGUGAAGUUUCUACUGAAAGAUCUCAGUCACACACAGCAGGUUCUCCACACAGCAGCCCGAGCGAGGGUGAAGCCUCCAGGAAACACACCGUCGGCAGCGUGAGUGUAAGUGAAGGUGGCGCUGUGGACCGGAGCAGCUCGGUGGAUGAGGAGGCGAACACGGCUGCUGCUGAUUCUCUCCAAACCGACAGAGCAGACAGCGCCUCGCUGGAUUACUCUCAAAAGUUUGACGAGUCCGUGACCGAGGACGAGCUGGAGAGGUCGUUCCGAUCGCUGCUCCCGUCCGAGUCUCACUGGAGAGGAUCUGUGGAGCGGAAACGGCACUCGGACGAGGAGCAGCAGCAUGAAAAAUCUUCUGCUAAGCAGGACGGCGGCGGCGGUGGCGGCGGCGUCCCGGCCUUCUCGGCGGAUCAGCACGGCUUCUCCGAGUUCACCAUGACGAUGGUGAAGCAGUACAUGCAGGAGGAGGAGGUGCGCUCGCAGCACCACAGCUCCCUGCUGCGCCUCCGCCACCGAGCACUGAAGGAGAAAACCCGCGCAGAGCUGGCCUGGCUCGAGCUCCAGAAAAAGCGUCUGCGUGAUAAGGGUGAGGACGAUAAAAUGCCUCCAAUCCGUAAGAAACAGCGAGGCCUGCUGCUUAAACUACAGCAGGAGCAGGCUGAGAUCAGGAGGCUGCAGGAGGUGAACAGGGCAGCUCGGAGGGAGAGGAAGCUGCUCCUCAAGCAGCAGGAGGAGAUCGAGAAGAUCCAGCACACCACUCUGAAACUGAGGGAGAAACUCAGGAACGCUGGAGAUACCAACCAGAGGUCACCCGUGUCGGGCGAGAGCGACGACCUGAGCCCGCUCACCGAGCUGGAGGUGGAGUCUCGGAGCCACUCCCCGGUCUCGGUGUCUGGGAGCGAGACCAGCAGCAUCAUGAAGCAACUGAAGAAGAUGAGCUACCAUACGGACGAGAGGUUUCUGACCCAGCGGGAGCUGCGAUUGGUGCACUGGCGUCAGCAGGUGGAGGCGGAGCUGCGGCGUACGGACGGGGCGGAGUCUCGGCGAAAGGGGCGGCCCCUGUUCGAUCGGCAGGGCGAGGACCGGCUGCAGGAAGACGGCUCGUCCUCCCGCACACAGGACGACAGGCGGACGGCGAGAGGUGAGAGGCGCGAGGGGCACAGUGAGGACGAAUCGUCUUUGGUCUCCAGUAUUCACACACUGCAGGAAUGUGAGUCUCCUCAGGCGGUGAGUUCGGGCAGUAAGGUGACCGUACACAGCAGCUCCAGGAAAACCGACCAGCAAUUAUCAGCUCCUACAUCCGAGGCGACGUCGGACCAGAGCGAUAUUGAGGGGCGUGUCCUGGCGCUGAGGGCGGAGCUUCGGAGACGUAAGGCCGAGGUGCAGCGUCUGAAGAGGGAGCAGAGAGUGAGACACAAGGAGAAACUGAAAGCUCAGGAGGCCAGUCUGCUCAAACAGCUGGAGUCCUACAACAGCUUCAUCGAGAAGACGAAGGCCGAGCUGAGCGACGCGGACGCCGGCGCCUCGGCUAAACCUCAGAUCAAGUCUCCAUCAUCGGGUUCUCACAAGUCCAGGACCAAACCCACGUCCCUGCCGAGGUCUGAACCUGAGAUCACCCCGCGGGAAACGAGCGUGAGCCACGAGUCCGAAUCCGAGGUGUCCGAGAGGAUCCACACCGAGUCUCCCGCCUCCAGUGAUGAAGAUCCUCCCACUGUGACUCCCACUCCAGUCUCGGGAAGCCCGGAGCGUUCCAGUCCUCCCCGACCCCACAGAGACGACGUCGGCCAAUCGGAGGGCUCCGUCGAGCAGCCGGGCAAUCGGAGCGUAGCGUCCAGCCCCAGAUCGGAGCUCAUCGAAGAGCUGGGAGGUCUGAACUCCGGGAUUUCGUCCGAUUCGUCCGGGAAAUCUCCGCCGGCGCUCGAUCUGAAGCUCCGGGACAAGAACGAAAAGGAAGCCGGAGGUUCUGGGAGGAACGAGUCUGUAGAGCGGUCGGAGGACGUCGAAUCCGGUUCCUCAGCCCUCGAUAAGCUGAGCGGAGAAGAACCCAGCCGAGACGGGCGUGUCUCUGAUGGUCCAGAGUUUCCAGCCGGAGAAGAAAAUUCAGAGCACGAUGGUUAUAAAGAGGAUUUUGAGUCUCUUGGCUCAUCGAAUUUGGAGCAUCGUCAAACCCUCUCGCCUUCAGCAUUACACCCUGAAGAGAGGUCCUACGAGUUCUCGUUUAGCAGCGAGGAAGACAUCGAGGAGCACAUCAGCAUCAAAUCUGAGUCCUCCACUGGCACGGAGAGGCAGAGGACCCCUGUGGAACUUGAUCUUCUGGACAAACCCGCCAGAGAAACCCUGGAUGAAGAUGUUUUUAGUCCUCGGGGCUCUCCGCUGGAGGAUGAAAUGCCCAGCUUCUCCAUCGGGGACAGGGUUCUUGUAGGCAAGGUUCAACCAGGAACUCUGAGAUUUAAGGGCCAGACCAGCUUUGCCAGCGGAUCCUGGGCCGGAGUGGAGCUGGACGAGUCUGAGGGGCAUAACGACGGCACCCGCGAUGGCGUCGCGUACUUUCACUGCCGAGACGAGCACGGCGUGUUCGCCCCUCCUGACGAGAUCUCCCAUCUGCCCGAGAAGAUUGAAGCCCAUCCUGAGAGCACGGUGGAUGAAGAUUCGUCGAUUGAUGAACGGUCCGGCAAAACACCUGAGAAGAAUGAAUCCGGAAGCGAAUCCGUGCCUCCUAAUAAAGAACCUGACGUAGAUGUUCCUUCUGAGAAGAUAGAACCAUCAGAGCCACCUCAGGUUCAAGACCAGGAUGGAAGUAUCUGCGAGGUUCUAGAAGUCCUCGAUGCUUCAAUGCUCGACUCGAACGAAGCGAGUCGACUCGUUAUCUCCAAAGACGAGGAGCAAGAAGCGCCUGAGAUGCAUCCGAGUCCCAAACGUGACGCAGAACCAACGCCGGACGUCUUAGAUCUUCUAGACCGAGAGGAGCUUCAGGAAUCCUCAGAACGUCCUCCUGAGAAGGUCGGAGAAGAUAAAAAGGAUAAGGAAGCCUCACCCGAAGACGGAUCCCUCAACACCCUGGCCGACACCGUCGUUCAGGGCUACAUGACCGACGUCAUGAAGCAGUUCGAGGAGAUGAGGAAGACCAAGGAGGACAAAAUCAGAGCCGCCAAUCAAAGGUUCCUCCUGAGCGAGACCGAGGAACAGAGGCGGAGGGACUUGAUCUUGGGCAGGUACACGUCCCCUACCAAAACCGAGAGCUUCCACACCUUCUUCGACAAGGAGCAGGAAGAGGUGUCGUCUCCCGAGCUCUGCACCCGAUCGGAGAGUCCGGCGGUGGGUCAGGAGGAGCUCGCGCGGCGGUUAGCGGAGCUGGAGCUGAACCGCGAGUUCCUGCACACGCUCGGCGAUGACCAGGACUGGUUCGACGAGGACUUCGGCCUCGGCUCGCGCGAGCACACACGGGACGAGAGCGGACCCGGGCGGGAGGAGCCGGCGCCCACGCCCACGCCUCCGGCCGGACCCGCGCGCGCCAGGCAGCAGGAGGAGCCGGCCAUGCUGGUCCCGCACGGCGCCGAGGAGGUGGAGAAGCUGGUGAGCGCCGCCCUGCUGGAGGUCUGGAGCGGCUGCGGCCUGGACCGGGGCGGACGGGGUCUGACGGCGCUGUCCAAACCCGGACCGUCGGAGGCUCUUCUGGGGGACAAAGACGAGGAGCAGUGUGUGCGCAGCUACAGACAGGCCGUGUUCGACCUCACCUGGGAGUUCGUGCUGGACAUCUACGCCAAGGAUCCCAACGACGAUCUACCUCAGUGGAUCAAACCGUGCCGAGUCAGUUCAUCCCUCAUCCACAGAAUCAACGACCCGACUGACCUCACGCAAGUCCAGGCGUUCGUCAGCAGGGAGGUGCUGAAGCUGUGCGGCCUGAGGAACGAGCAGAACCACCGAACCGACUGGCAGAAGAUGCUGAAGUUCGGCCGCAAGAAGAGAGAUCGAGUCGACCACAUCCUGGUGCAGGAGCUCCAUGAGGAGGAGGCGCUGUGGGUGAACUACGACGAGGACGAGCUGUUCGUCAAGAUGCAGCUGGCCGACGGGAUCUUCGACGCCCUGCUGAAGGACACGCUGGACGUUCUGGCCCGCAUCCACGACAGGAGGUCCGAACCGACCCUGUCCUGAUGCCGCGUCACGCCCCGACCGGAACGUGCCUGAUUCUCGUCCCGGUUCCGGUUCUGUCGGCCUCCCCGCCGCCUGCCGGACUCUCCCACGGUCCUGAGAACUUGGGAGGAAGCGUCUCUGGGUCCUGCAGGAAUCCAGAAAAGCCUUCGAUUCAAGGCCCAAGCACACACACACACACACACACACACACACACACACAGGUUCCUCUAGCAGAUCUAGUAGGAACCUCCUCACUGUGUGUGUAGGACACGCCCAGGACGUUUGUCUCCAUACCGCCUCGUGGUCGCUGUGCCUCCGCUGCUGACCACGCCCACUGUGCUGUACCAUAUUCUCCCUCACCCCGGGUGUGGCUCGUUUCUAUUUAUUUGUAAGAUAGCGCUCGUUUUUAAUGGUGUGAUGUGUGAAGAGAGAUGAUUUGAGUGUGUGUGAGUGUGUGUGUGAGAGUGUGUGUGUGAGUGUGUGUGUGUGAAGCACAUUUACAGCCUGUAGACGAUAAAUAAGGAUUCUCCGAUCAUUACAGAAGAAUAAAUCGAUAUGAUAUAUGAUGAUUUCACUUCCUCUACCUCUAUAAUACCUACUUUUUUGGGGUCGGCGAGUUCGGUGUGACCGAUGCGGUCAGUUUUGUUCUUUUAUUUUUAACGACUUGACGUUUCUGGGCGCCUGAACGCGUAGCAGGACGAACCUGCACCUCCAGGCCAGCGGGGGUGAUGUUGUAGCUCGGUUGCACAUGUACAGGAGGACGUUUUUGCCUAAAUUGCUGAUGUAAAUGAAAAGAUAAUGUAAAUAAAGACCUCAUGAGAA